AUAAUUAAAAAUUUUACGAACGGAUUUACUUCAUAUUAAAAUAAAAAAUAACAAAGUAACUUAUACGAGUAUGUAUGGAGAGUAUAAUCAUCUUUAAUACAUACUUGUCGAAGUCACAUGAUUUUAUUUACAUGAGCUCUCUCUUUAUACGCCUUAUACUAAACGGAAAAUAGAUGAACUUCUCGAUACAAAAUAAACUCGAUCGAUCGUGUCAAGUUGAAUCUAUUGAAUCUGGUUGAAUCUUGAAUGGCAGGAGUAUUGCAGGAUAUUGGUGAUGUACCAUAACCUAUACAACAGUAAAAAUUGUAAAUAUUAGGACGUCGCAAACGUGUCAUUUAAUUUAAAGACGAUAAUUUAAAUAUGGAUAUGUUACAUUUAAGAAAUUUUAAGGAUUUUAUACUUCUGUACAACCAAAUAUCUGAAACGUGUUUCAAGCGAUGUAUGAAUACAUUAUUUUCGAGAGAAAUAUCUGUCGAUGAGGAUGUAUGCCUAAGCAAAUGUUUGGAAAAACACAUUAAUGGAAAUCACAAAAUGAUGGAAAUAUUUAUGGAAAUACAACCUAUACUUGUACAGAAGAGGAUAGAAGAAGUUCAAAAAGCUCAGGCAGCUUUAGAAUCACAAAUAGAAGUGCAAAAAGCAGAGUCCUGAGAAAAUUAUACAAUUGAUUCUACAUAAAUUAUUCAAACUUUCCAUUAUGUAUGUUUUUUCGUUAACUAAAGAACUUUAAUAUAGUUCCUCAAAUUGACAAG